AUGAAGGCAACCAUUGCAGCCCUUUGCUUCCUAGCUUCAGCAGUGUGUGUCAUUGCGCUGCUGCCUGAGAGUGUCUGCAGGGCACCCCAUGCUAUCUCAUCUUGCGCCGGGACUGCUAAAACAAUGUGGUACUUUGACAAGAACUCCAACAAAUGCGUGUCAUACACCGGAUGUGGUAAGGGUUAUAACGACUUCGGAUCCGAAGAGUGCUGCAAAGAUUCGUGCCCAUACGCGUUGUACACGUUUCAAGAGAAACUUAAUCACAUUUCCCCUUUCAGGGUCAAACUAAAUGCCCAGCCGUUGACUAAGGAGAACAUGGGUGAUCUAGCGGCAGUAACGCCCGACGAAGCGCUUAAACCUAAUAAAAUAAAGCAUUAA